AUGUCCACUAGUGACCUCGUGACACGGCAUGAGAGAACCCUCCACGCAGACCAGUGGCAGUCACUGAAUCAUGACACCCCGGCCAUCCCGGCGUUUGGAGAAAGAGAUGGACACGAGUUGAUGGAUAGUUUGCUACCCGAUACCAUCGAAUCCGUCGGCUCUCACAAAGACGCGCUGCUUGGUCUAUCAACAGCUCCCGCAGACAUUAUCCCCGGCAACUCAGCGCCACUAUUGGAAUUCAAGACGACUACCACAGAUGCUACGGAAGCACCACUCGAUCAAAGCGUUUUUGACACAUCCGAUGUCAAUAUUGAUUCAUUUAAUGACCUCUCUCCUAGUUUCUUCGACCCGUUUCUGGGCGAUGUGUUUGAUCAUUUUGCCCUGCCUACUCUGGAGUGUGCGCCCGAUACCACAGUAAGCCCGCAAGACUGUGCUGGUUUAGGCCAAACCACGGUAAAUGAUGAGGAGGUUGCGUGCCUCCAGCCUUUGACCUCGGCGGCAGAAGACUGCAUGCUAUCAGAUACGCCAGAGAAAGAACAAUACUGUCGGCCACGAAUAACGAGAUCGCGAAUGAUGGAAAAGCAAAGCAUCAUCUUCACGGAGAAAAUGAGGGCCCAUUGCAUCAAAGAUAUGACGUUGCAUCUCACACCCGAGCGACUCGGAGACUUCAAAAUGCCCGACACAAGCUGUCUGCAGAAAUGCCUAAACUCCUACAUCGAGUCCUUCCACGUCCACUUCCCGUUCUUACACCUUGCGACCCUCGACCUCGAAACGGCCCCGAGCCCCCUGACGCUGAGCAUCUGCGCCGUGGGCGCGCUCCACAGGCUCGACAGGAAGCUCGCGGCGUCGCUAUACCUAAUCGCGGAGCGGGUCUUAGGCAUCAUGGAGCUCGACGGCCUGCAAAACUGCCCGGCAUUGCUGCAGGACUGGUCUAGACCCCGAGACAUGCCGCCGUCGGGAUCAGCGCCGCUCACCGUGGCUCAAGCUCGCCUUAUACUUGUCUUCUUUGCCGCUUUCUCCGGCGAGCCGCAGUUGAUACGACAGGCCCUCAUUGAUUGCGGCUUCCUCUCCGCUGAUUUUCGGGCGAGAAUGUCACUCAUGAGACCCGGGUCGACAACCAUCGACCUGUAUAAAUGGGAAACCUGGGCUGAACAUGAGUCGACAAAGCGCUUGAUGUGCAGCAGCAUGAUGCUCGGCAAUUUACUGGUAAUCACCUACGGAAUAGCCCCAGGCUUCUCGAUCCUCGAAGAGACAAAUAUUGAAAUGCCCGUCGAAGACGCCCUGUGGGAAGCAAAGACCGCUUCACAAUGGGAACUCCUCGCGGCGGACAGACCGCGCUCUUCCUCCUUAGAUCUCCGUGAGGCCACCUCAGCCAUGUUCGGCGCGCAACCGCUCGACCGCAAACCAGACGUAUGCUGGCAAUGGUCCCCGUUCGCUGCAUCCGUAGUGCUGCACAGCGUCGCUAUCGCGGUGUGGUAUCUCACACAAGGCCAGCAAGCAUGCCGUGGCGGCUCAACGGUCCGCGACUCCUGGGAAAGCCAAGAUGCGGACCAGAUCGCCGCGGCCCUCUCCAGAUGCAGAGACCUGCUCGCCGAGGCCCAGGCCGGCGCCGACGGGACCUGGAACGAGGCCGAGAGCCCGCUGCUGUUCAACGCGUUCGCGAUCCUGCGCGUGUCCUACGGGAGGGCGUUCAUCAAGUUUCACUCCCUGGACCGCUCGCUCCUGUUCAAGGAGAGCAGCCAGGUCAUCCUGCCCAUCUUGAGGCGGUACUUUGAGGCCGUUCAGGACCGGGAUCCCUUCAUGACAAUGGCGGUCGGCUGUGCUCUGGAGGGGUUUGCCAUUCCGAUACGAGCUGGGAUUCUGCUGAUGCGCAAGACAGCUGCUUUCAAGUGGAGCGUGGAACACGCGCUGGCGAGCUGGGACGCUGGCCUCCUUGUCACGAAAUGGGUGUACGCUGUUGAAUGCUUGCGCCGCGCGAACAAGCCCAUCACGCCGGAAGAGAGGCAGGUGUUGGAUAGCGUCACCCGGCUUUUAGACGAGGUCGAUACCCGUGGAUGUCAACGAUUGUCGCUCGCCGCGGAGCUGGCUCGCAUGUGGGCUAGUGUAUAUGAUGACACGUGGGUUUGGGGAGUUGCUCCACGGAUCGGCUGGGUUCUCCGGGAACUCGCUAACAUGUAUGAGACGGGCAUCAUAGGCGUCUGA